AUGAAAAAGAAGAAGAAAAAAGAAAAGGAAGAUGCAACUAAUGCGAAGCGCAUGCAGAAUUUUCAAGAGAAUGUCAACAAGAAAGUACUACUCGAGUGGGUCAGAAUCACAGGUUUGGAGAACAAAAACAAGUGGCGUUUGGAUCGAUUGCUAGCUCACUUCGCUCAUUCCAUUUUAGGCUAUUCUGAAUCAAAAACUGCAGCUUUCACUUGGCCAGUAAUCGCAGGAUUACAUCGUGGUAUCCCAGCUAUACGUAUGGGAGACUUAGAAAUUAUUCAGGCAAAGGUUUCAUAUGAUUUUUGGCGCUAUUUUAUGAGUGAGGGCAGGAAAAAAUUAUCACAGUAUAACAAGGAAAAAGGAUCGAAAAUAGCUGUGCUAAAAGAAUUGACCCUUAAAAACACCGAUGAGAACAAUCUGGGGUAUUACUUUACUUAUUUUAUAGAAACAUGUGUAGUGCAUGUAUAA